CACUGAGGUGCACUUGUGAUUUGCGUGGGUGUGUCCCGUGAUGACAGAACGUCGGGACAGAGGUGUCCUUUAAGAAUAUUUUACAAGGAGGUGUGUUUAUGAGUGUUCGGAAACGUUGAAGAGACUGAAUCCCGACGGAAAACAGCCACACGAUUCAAGGAAACCUGAUAUACCCCGAGACCGCUGAGAGGAGAGAGCAUUCACCACGGGACCGGGUGAAAUUUAGAUGCUUUACGUAAUCUUUCUCUAGACCCUAUUUUAUUUUUUAAUACGUUGUAAUCUCAGGGAAACAGCAUGGCUCAUGUAGGGAAUGGAGCUGGAAAUAUCGACGUCGAUGUGGAGGACUGUUUCGAAGAUGCCUUUGACAGGAUUCCUGUUGCGGCCAAGAUGGAUCUGAAGACCUCCAUAGAGGAGUGCUCCAUGGCGCUCAACCUCGUCCUGAACAACAAGUUCUCCGAGGCCCUGGAUCUCCUCAAGCCAUGGGCGAAGGACAGCAUGUACCAUGCUUUGGGGUACAGCAGCAUCCUGGUCAUGCAGGCGGCCAUGACCUUUGAGCACAAGGACAUCCAGACGGCCAUGGCUACAAUAAAGGAGGCUCUACAGACCUGCCAAAGGUUCAGAAAAAGGAACACUGUGGUAGAGUCCAUAUCCAGCCUGGUGUCCAAACAAGCUGCUGAUAACCUGAAAGAAGAGGAGAUGCAUGCAGAGAUCUGCUAUGCAGAGUGCCUGCUACAGAAGGCGUCCCUCACCUUUGUGCAGGAUGAAAACAUGAUUAGCUUCAUCAAAGGAGGGAUCAAAAUCCGAACAAGUUACCAGAUCUACAAAGAAUGCCAGCACACACUAAACAUGACCCAGGACCUGGCGGGCAAUAACGAUUCGUUCAGACAGUUUGAGGGUGGAGUCAAGCUGGGAAUUGGAUCCUUCAAUCUGAUGCUGUCUCUUCUGCCUGGCAGGAUCCUGCGCCUGCUCGAGUUCAUUGGCUUUUCAGGGAACAGAGAAUUCGGGCUGUCCCAGCUGAGAGAGGGAGCCGCCAGUCACAGCCUCCGCGCCAUCCUCAGUGCGCUGACCCUGCUCCUCUACCACACCUACGUCACACUCAUACUGGGCACUGGAGAGGGAAACCUGGUGGAAGCUGAGGCACUGUUGGAGCCCUACCUGGUCAAAUUCCCCAAAGGGUCCAUUAUUUUAUUUUAUGCAGCGAGAAUUGCUGUGCUUAAAGGAAACUUUGAGAAGGCGCAGGUGAAGUUCCAGGAGUGCAUCGCUGCGCAGCAGGAGUGGAAGCAGAUCCAUCACCUGUGUUACUGGGAGCUCAUGUGGUCCCACUCCUUCCAGCAAGAGUGGCUGGAGGCCUACCGCUACGCGGACCUCCUCUGUAAAGAGAGCAGGUGGUCUAAGGCUAUUUAUGUGUAUCAGAAAGCAGCAAUUCUUAGCAUGCUCCCUGAGGAGGAUGUGAAGAAAACCGGGGAAAAUAUUGUGGAGUUAUUCAGGCAAGUGGAGGGUCUGAAGCAGAGGCUUGCAGGCAAGUCCAUCCCGACUGAGAAGUUUGCCGUGAGGAAAUCCCGGCGGUACUCCUCACCCACCCCAGUAAAGCUGGUGGUCCCAGCACUGGAGAUGAUGUAUGUGUGGAAUGGAUUCACCAUCGUUGGCAAGAGAGUGGAUUUGACGGAAGGGCUGCUGAUCACCAUUGAGAAGGCAGAGCAACAGCUGAGUAACGACCCCAAUCCCACUGAGUACCACCCAGAUGACCAGUGCCUUGUACAGAUGUUGAAGGGACUCUGCCUGAAGCAUCUGGGCCGGCUUCUUCAAGCAGAGCUGUGCUUCACACAAGUGCUCUCCAGUGAGAGGAGAAUAAGAUAUGAUCACUACCUAGUGCCGUUCACCCUCUACGAACUGGGUCUUCUGUACAAACAGCAAGGCGACUAUCCCAAGGCAACAAGGUUCAUAGAGAAUGCAAAGCUGAAUUACAAGGACUACUCCAUGGAGUCCAGGUUACACUUCCGUAUCCAUGCUGCUCUCAGUAGCCUGAAGGGCUCCCCGGUCUCCACCCCUUAACCACCGUGCCAUCUGCAGGUUUCCAAGGCAACCGAGAGGCCAUUUCACCUCAGAACUUUUCUCAACUGUACCCUCCUGUGCUCUCCAUUAUUUCCUUUGAAGGUUGUUAA